AUGAGUUUCUUUUUGGGUCUGCAGAUUCGUCAAGAUUCGAAAGGAAUUCUCGUUCAUCAGGGAAAAUAUGUCGAUGACAUCCUUGCAAAGUUCAAACUUCAAGAUGCCAAACCUGCAAAUACUCCUAUAGCAGAAAGACCAGCGAUGACUGAAGAUCUGGAAGGGGAAGCUGUUGAUGCUACACUGUACCGGUCGAUGAUUGGCUCGUUGAUGUACUUGACAGCCAAUAGACCAGAUAUUAUGUUUGCUGUGUGUCAGUGUGCUCGUUAUCAGGCUGCUCCUAAACUUUCUCAUUUAAAUGCUGUUCAGAGAAUCUUUCGAUAUCUUAAGGGCAGGCCUCGGCUUGGACUUUUGUAUCGAAAAGAAUAUCCAUUUGAUCUGUGUGCUUUUUCUGACAGCAAUUUUGGAGGUACUGGCAGGGACAUGAAGUCUACGUCAGCUGGAUGCCAGUUUCUGGGGGAUCGCCUCAUCUCCUGGCAAUGCAAGAAGCAACAAACUGUCUCUCUGUUAACUGCAGAAGUGGAAUAUGUGGCCGCUUCAGCAUACUGCUCGCAGGUUAUCUGGAUUCAACAUUAG